AUGUACGGUGCGUUGCUUAUUGUAAGGCAGAAGUUGAGAGAGUAUUAUAAAAAGACUUACCGUAAUUACAGUUUUCUCUAUAGUACUGGAACGUUACUUGCUCCUCAGUAUAAGUUAAGUACUUUCGAUAAUAGAGAGUACUCUACUUACUACGAAGAUACGUUAAAAAGCACAGAGCUUAAUCAGCUUCUUGAGCUAUCUAAUACAAAUAUAUUCUAUAAAGGGGUAGAAUAUAAUGAAGUAGAUCAGUAUCUUAGAGAAGUCCUGGCCACCGGUGCGGGUAUAGAAAGGCUUUUUAAUAGUGUACAAGAUAUUUAUUAUUAUCGUCGAGGAUCUCUUUAUAAGGGGACCAUUUAG